AUGUUGGAAUUGGGCACUUGUUCGGUCAGCGCUCAGACCCUCUCUGACCGCAAUGCCCUGGCAGUCCCGUCUUUCAAUCAGGGCAUGUGUGGAGGGAGCCCGCCACAGCAAAGUUUCCUCCUCCAGCCGCAGGACCCAGAGAGCUGGCUCAAGCACCGGAGAACCCUGGAGGACGGCUCCCACUCCUGUUCACUCCUGGAGCCCCAGAGCCUGGCUGACAGCUUCCUGUCCCAUGCAUCCAGUUUCGACACGCUCUAUGUCCCCCACGCCUGUCCCAUGGGUCUGGCACCAUCCUCCCUGGAUCUUGGAGGGUCAUGCGAGGGGGCGGCCUCGUUGUGUCUGGACCCCGACAUGCCCGUCAGCCCGAAUAUCAUUAAACGGCGCAGGGGGGGACUCAUUGAACAACGGGACAUCAUUAAAGCACACCAGGCACACAAGAUCCAGAGCACCCCACAGGCCCGGCGCAAGGAAUGGGAAAUGGCUCGCUUCGGAGACGAUGUUCCCGGUCUGCUGGGAGCCGGGGAUGGGGGUUCGGAGCGCAGUCGGAACCGGGAUGCACCGGCGGUAUCCACAGGUGGAGUUUCACCAGCCUUCAAACAGACCAAAGCGCAACGAGCCCGAACCAUGGCCCUGUACAACCCCAUCCCGGUCCGACAGAACUGCUUCACCGUCAACAGAUCGCUCUUCAUCUUUGGAGAGGACAACAUCGUUAGGAAGUAUGCUAAAAAGAUCAUAGAAUGGCCUCCGUUUGAAUACAUGAUCCUGGCCACCAUUAUCGCCAACUGCAUUGUCCUGGCCUUGGAGCAACACCUGCCUGGAGAGGACAAGACACCCAUGUCAAAAAGACUUGAGAAAACAGAGCCCUACUUUAUAGGAAUGUUUUGUUUUGAAGCCGGAAUAAAAAUCAUUGCCUUGGGAUUUGUAUUCCACAAGGGCUCGUACCUGAGGAAUGGCUGGAACGUCAUGGACUUCAUUGUCGUCCUAAGUGGGAUUCUGGCCACAGCAGGAGCCCACAUGAAUAUUUCAUUAGACCUGCGCACGCUGAGGGCUGUGAGGGUAUUACGGCCCCUUAAACUGGUUUCUGGCAUUCCUAGUCUGCAAAUAGUUCUUAAAUCCAUAAUGAAGGCGAUGGUGCCACUGCUACAGAUUGGUCUGCUGCUGUUUUUUGCCAUUCUCAUGUUUGCUAUUAUCGGACUAGAGUUCUACAGUGGAAGACUCCACAAAAGAUGUGUAGCUUAUUCAAACAUUACAGACUCUGAGAGAGCAGACUCAUCUGAAAUUGAUUUCCCAUGUGGGGCCAAGAAUUGUCCUGAAAAUUAUAACUGCUACGGCCCCUGGCCCGGACCCAACGAUGGCAUCACUCAGUUUGAUAACAUCUUAUUUUCAAUACUCACUGUCUUCCAGUGUAUCACCAUGGAAGGCUGGACAGCUGUACUCUAUAAUACCAACGAUGCCUUAGGCUCUACUUGGAAUUGGCUCUACUUCAUUCCUCUAAUAAUAAUUGGCUCCUUCUUUGUGUUGAAUCUGGUAUUAGGAGUCCUGUCAGGGGAGUUUGCUAAAGAGCGAGAGCGGGUGGAGAACCGAAGAGCCUUCAUGAAGCUCAGAAGACAGCAACAGAUCGAGAGGGAGCUGAAUGGGUAUCGGGCCUGGAUCGACCGUGCAGAGGAGGUGAUGCUUGCAGAGGAGAACAAGAAUUCAGGACCUUCUGCUUUAGAUGUGCUAAAAAGAGCCACCACAAUAAAGAGAAGAGGGGUGGAUGAUGUUCGGAGAUCUCCAGAGGAACAGUAUGCUGACAUAUCGUCUGUAGGGAUGCCAUUGAACAGAGCCAGCAUACGCAGUGCUAAAAGAGGACCAACGUCCUAUUUCCGUCGGAAAGAACGCAUGCUACGGAUUUCCGUUCGCCGUAUGGUGAAGACUCACACCUUCUACUGGAUCGUUCUGAGUCUGGUGGCCCUCAACACUUUCUGUGUCGCCAUCGUACACCACAAGCAGCCUCAGUGGCUGUCUAGUCUCCUUUACUUUGCAGAGUUCCUGUUUCUAGGCCUGUUUCUUACAGAGAUGUUUCUCAAGAUGUAUGGACUUGGGCCCAGACUCUAUUUCCACUCCUCCUUCAACUGCUUUGAUUUUGGGGUGAUAGUAGGCAGUAUUUUUGAGGUGCUUUGGGGGUUCUUCAGACCUGGCACAUCCUUUGGGAUCAGCGUUCUGCGUGCCUUGCGGUUGUUGAGAAUUUUCAAGAUCACAAAGUACUGGGUGUCCCUGAGGAACCUGGUUGUGUCUCUGAUGAACUCCAUGAAGUCCAUUAUUAGUUUGCUCUUCCUGCUUUUCCUCUUCAUUGUGGUCUUUGCACUUCUGGGCAUGCAGCUCUUUGGUGGAAGGUUCAUCUUUGAAGACUACACACCCACAAAUUUUGACACUUUUCCAGCAGCCAUCAUGACCGUGUUUCAAAUUCUCACUGGCGAGGACUGGAAUGAAGUCAUGUACAAUGGCAUCCGGUCUCAAGGUGGCGUGAAGUCUGGGAUGUGGUCGUCUGUCUACUUCAUUGUUCUGACUUUGUUUGGAAAUUAUACACUGCUCAACGUCUUCUUGGCUAUCGCUGUUGACAAUUUGGCCAAUGCCCAGGAGCUCACAAAGGAUCAAGAGGAGGAGGAAGAGGCGUUUAAUCAGAAACAUGCCCUGCAGAAAGCCAAGGAGGUUGGGCCAAUGUCCUCUUUCAUGUCCUCAGAGUAAAAGAGGCGUCCCUACCUGUACAGGAAGCGUGCAAUUCACCGGAGCCGUGCGGCUUACUCCUUUGAGGAUUCAGAGAGUCUAGCUGAUGCUCGUCCACUCAAUGCCUCUAACUCUUUCAUGUCCAGGAGAGAGAGAAGGAGGAGAUUGACCAUGUCAGUUUGGGAGCAGAGGACCAGCCAGUUGCGCCGACACAGACAGAUGCCCAGCCGCGAGAUCCUUUUCAGCAGCCCCAGUGAGGAGCACGAUGGACCACCUGGCUGCCUUCACCACAAGAAGCCUGGGAUAUCUCCGUCUAACAGCAAGCGCAUAGCCAUCGAGACCACAACAACCACCACCAUGCCGGAGGCUACCUUAGAGCCACCCAUGGCUAUGGACAUGCCCGUGGAUGAGCAAGCUCUGUCCAUUCCUAUUCCUGAACCCCCUUUAGCUAUUCCAAUACCGGAGCCACCAAUGCCUGUGGACAUAUCCCUCCCUGAACCCCCAGUGACACUGAACCUACCCCUAACAGAGCUGUCUGAAUCAAAGACUUCACCCGAGGGCACUCUGGACAUCAACAACCAUUGCCCCAGACUGAAUGGAAACAGGCGGCAGCGGGCAGUCCGUAAGUACAGGCCUCCUGCGAUGGGGGACACGCUGACCCCUGAUAUGGGGCCCAGGCCCCGACGCCCACACCACCGUGAACCUCAAACAGAUGCCAGGGGUAAAGAAACACAACAAGGAGACGGUGGUGUUGACAGUAGAGAACAAAGGCCAUGGAAUGAGGGAGAUGAAAAGGAUUCAAAGAAUGAUGGAGAGAUCAGUCCAGAUGGCAGGGUGCUUGAACAGAGGCAGAACAAACCAGACAACUCUGAAUCAUCAGAAACCAAACCAACCAAUUCCCCCCACAAAAACCCACCUCAGGACUCAGAACCUGCAACUCUACAGCUCACUGACAGAACUCUCCAGCAGUCCCCACAGGCAACUUUGGGUGCCGGCGAGACCGAUAAUAACAACCACGGAUGCUUGAAUCAGGAUAAGUCCUCCUUCAACACCAGCAUCAUGAUAGAGGUCACCGACACUCAGCCAUCCAUGGAGCUGACCUCCAUUACGGGUAAUAGUAAAGACGUGGAGGCCUCAAAACCAGAGAAAGAAGAGGAAACCCCAGAUGCACCAGAAGCCCCUCCACCUGUCAGCAUGUUCAUCUUCAAACCCAACAACCCUGUCCGCAGGGCCUGCCACUAUAUUGUCAAUCUUCGUUAUUUUGAGAUGUCAAUCCUUCUUGUGAUCGCUGCCAGCAGUAUCGCCUUGGCUGCUGAAGACCCUGUCAACACUAAUUCGGACAGGAACAAAGGUUUGAUCUUACACGAUGGCUCCUAUUUCCGUGACCUGUGGAACAUUCUGGACUUCAUAGUUGUGGUGGGAGCUCUGGUGGCCUUUGCUCUCACGAAUGUAAUGGGGAGUAACACAGGAAGAGACAUUAAAACCAUCAAAUCACUCCGUGUUCUCAGAGUAUUGAGGCCUCUUAAGACUAUUAAAAGACUUCCCAAACUCAAGGCUGUGUUUGACUGUGUGGUCACAUCACUAAAGAAUGUCUUCAACAUCCUCAUCGUCUACAAGCUCUUUAUGUUCAUAUUUGCAGUCAUUGCAGUGCAACUUUUCAAAGGGAAAUUUUACUACUGUACUGACAGUUCCAAGGACACAGAAGACGAGUGCAAGGGUUACUACAUUGACUAUGACAAAGACAAGAAAAAGGAGAAACGAGAGUGGAAGAGACGUGAUUUUCAUUAUGAUAACAUCAUCUGGGCUUUGUUGACUCUCUUCACUGUAUCCACUGGGGAAGGGUGGCCGCAAGUUUUGCAGCACUCUGUGGAUGUGACCGAGGAGGACCGGGGUCCCAGUCAGGGAAACAGAAUGGAGAUGUCCAUCUUUUACAUCAUUUAUUUUGUGGUGUUUCCCUUCUUCUUCGUCAACAUAUUUGUGGCCCUCAUCAUCAUCACCUUCCAAGAGCAGGGUGACAAAAUGAUGGAGGAGUGCAGUCUGGAGAAAAACGAGAGGGCUUGUAUCGACUUUGCCAUCAGUGCCAAACCUUUGACUCGCUAUAUGCCUCAGAACAGACAGACCUUACAGUACCGGCUGUGGCACUUUGUGGUGUCUCCCGUAUUUGAAUACACCAUACUGACGAUGAUCGCCCUUAACACCAUUGUUCUCAUGAUGAAGCAUCAUGAUCCUCGUAUUGAAGGUUAUGACAAUGCGCUAAAAUACCUCAACACUGUGUUCACUGUUAUUUUCACUGUGGAAUGUGUUCUCAAGAUCCUGGCAUUUGGAAUUAUGAAUUAUUUCAGAGACACAUGGAAUAUAUUUGACUUCAUCACAGUCCUAGGAAGCAUCACUGAAAUUGUGGUUGACAAAGUCCACACUGUAAAAGGUUUUAAUAUGGGCUUCCUGAAGUUAUUCCGGGCAGCUCGGCUGAUUAAACUUCUGCGUCAGGGCUACACCAUUCGUAUUCUGCUCUGGACUUUUGUCCAGUCCUUCAAGGCUCUUCCAUAUGUCUGUCUGCUAAUCGCCAUGCUGUUUUUCAUCUAUGCCAUCAUUGGCAUGCAGGUAUUCGGCAACAUCAAGCUAAAUCCCAAAACCCAAAUCAACGAACACAAUAACUUUAGGACAUUUUUUGGUGCUCUCAUGCUGUUGUUUAGGAGUGCAACAGGUGAGUCGUGGCAAGAAAUCAUGUUAUCGUGUUUAGGAGAGAAGGAUUGUGAAAAAGACGAAUCACUCAACAACUCAACAACAAAUGAGAAAAAAGAUUGUGGUACCGAAUUUGCAUACUUCUACUUUGUCUCCUUCAUCUUCUUCAGUUCUUUUCUGAUGCUAAAUCUGUUUGUGGCCGUGAUCAUGGAUAAUUUUGAGUACCUGACGCGUGACUCGUCCAUUCUGGGUCCUCACCACUUGGAUGAGUUUGUACGGAUCUGGGGAGAGUAUGACCGUGCAGCAUGUGGCCGUAUUCAUUACACUGAUAUGUACGAGAUGCUGACCUGCAUGUCGCCACCGCUUGGCCUGGGCAAGAAAUGCCCCUCCAAAGUGGCGUAUAAGCGGUUGGUUCUGAUGAACAUGCCAGUGGAUGAGGACAUGUCCGUCCACUUCACCUCCACUCUUAUGGCCCUGAUACGCACUGCGCUGGACAUUAAAAUCGCUCGAGGGGGUGAGGACAGGGGUCAGAUGGACAUAGAAUUGCAGAAGGAAAUCAGUGUCAUCUGGCCGCACCUCUCCCAGAAAUCUCUUGAUCUGUUUGUACCCAUCCACAAAGCCAGUGACAUGACCAUUGGGAAGAUUUAUGCAGCCAUGAUGAUCAUGGACUACUACAAGCAGAACAAAGCUAAGAAGCUCCGUCAACAGCUUGAGGAACAGAAACAUGCACCGAUGUUCCAGCGCAUGGAUGCGUCUUCACUGCCACAGGAAAUUCUCUGCAGUGCCAAAGCUCUGCCAUUCCUGUCACACAAUGCAGGAUCUGCCCUGAGUAGAGGUGGGUUUGUAGCACUGAGUCCCAUAUCACCCCAAGACCUCUUCAUGCAGCGCUUGGCCCAAGACAGCAUGGAAGAGAGGGAUGAAUACCAACACCAGUAUCACCUUCAGAGUAUGGUGCCAGAGCACAAAGACUUUAGCAGUGUGCUGUGCCCCACUAGCAUGCAGGCUGAUCCUCUGCAAGUGCCAGGGAGAGGCGUCUCUAUCCGAGCCUCUUCCAUGCCUCGCCUGGCGGUAGAGCCACAGGUGUCUUCAGAGAGUAAACUGAUGAAGCGCUCAUUCUCCACGAUCGGUGAUCAGUGUGUGAAUGGCGACUGGCAGGAAGAGUUCUCUCUGGAGAGGGUGAGCCCAGACCGACUGGAAAGACCCAGGCAAAGAAGCUUUAGAGCUGUCAGGUCAAACCUGCGGGAGCCAGUGGACAAAGAGAGAGGACGGUCUAAAGAGCGAAGACACCUGCUGUCUCCAGACGUGUCUCGCUGCAACUCAGAGGAAAGGAGUCAGUCCCAGGAGAGACGCCACUCUCGAUCGCCCAGUGAGGGCAGGAAACACACGACCCUCAGACAGGAAAAUAGUUCAGGCAGCCCAAUUCCCUCCACUUCUGAUUCAGGGACGCCUCGAGGGCGCCGCCAACUCCCACAGACACCUUCUCGGCCUCGGCCCCACAUCUCCUACUCUCCGUUAGUGUGCCGUGCCCAUCCGACACAAGGAGAGGCACGGUCACGGGUACUGCCCACAGAGGAAGGGGAGGGUCCAACCGGGACCGGGCAAGGCACCGCUAUGGCCCACUCUACCCCUCAUCGCUACAUCUCAGAGCCAUACCUGUCACUGCAGGAGGACGUUAACGGUCCAGACUCAAGUGGUGUAGAGGAGACUCUCACUUUUGAGGCUGCCAUGGCAACCAGCCUGGGAUGUUCCAACACCAUCAGCUCUGCUCCACAACUACGUCACAACUGGCAGGUGCCUAACGGGCAUUUCCGUAAACGACUAGCACAAGCCACAUCGGGGACGUCAGGCUGUGAGCUUCUCAGUGACACUGAUGAGGAUGACCGGUGUUAGAUUGACAUUCGGGUUGAUGCCUCUGAACUUUGUGCCUCAAUCUAAGGAAAAAAUAUGCCUGUGUGUGUUUAUUUGUGUGUCUGUGAAUGUGGAGUCUGAUCAGAGAUGUGUAAUCAUCUCCGAAGAACCAUACUAAAGAUUUAAAGAUCA